CUUGAAUGUAGGCAGAUGUCGCGGUCGCGGGAAACACGAUCGAUACAGUGUUGAGUUUGUUGUUUGAUAGGAAUCAAUUAGGCUUGCGUUAGUUAUUCUUAAAAUUAUGUUUGAAUGAAUUACUGGAAUAUUAUAAAACAUAAAUUUCAAAAUGUUUGUGUAUCGGUACGUGUAUUUAGCGUUUUUCCUUUCCGCGUCGGCUAAAUUUAUUUGGAAGCACCAUAAUAAUGAAGAAUUACCAUUGGUUUUGGAAGAAGUUCACCAAAAAUGCCCAAAUAUUACUAGAGUUUAUGCUUUAUCAGAACCAUCUGUGCGAAAUGUUCCGCUUUAUGUGAUUGAAUUUACUGACACGCCUGGAUUUCAUCAACCCUAUAAGCCAGAAGUGAAAUAUGUGGGAAAUAUUCACGGAAAUGAGGUUCUUGGUCGAGAAUUGUUGCUCGGUUUAGCUGAUUAUUUAUGUGAACAGUAUUCGCAGAAUGAUCCUAACAUAAGAUCACUUAUUCAUAAAACUAGAAUACAUCUUUUACCCUCUAUGAAUCCAGAUGGUUGGCAACUGUCCACAAAUUUUGGUGGUCAAGACUAUCUGCUUGGACGUGGUAACAACCAUUCGGUGGAUUUAAACCGGAACUUCCCAGACUUAGAUGCUAUUACAUUUGAGUUUGAGCGACUCGGUAUCAACCACAACAAUCAUCUCUUGAAGGAUGUCACCCGACUCGCAGCCCCAUUGGAGCCAGAAACUCGCGCUGUAAUCCGCUGGAUAAUGUCAAUACCGUUUGUGCUGAGCGCGGCGAUGCACGGCGGUGACUUGGUCGCCAACUACCCUUAUGAUGAGAGCAGGAGUGGCGCACUCGCCUCCGAGUACUCAGCCAGCCCCGACGAUGAUACCUUCAAGGAAAUAGCUAUGGCAUAUGCGAACGCGCACGCCGACAUGGCAUCGGUCAACCGACCCGGCUGCCACGUCAAUGGCCCCGAUCAGUCCGAGGCGUACAACUUCGGCAAGCAGGGCGGUGUCACCAACGGCGCUGACUGGUACAGUCUCAAAGGAGGAAUGCAAGAUUUCAAUUAUUUGGCAACAAAUGCGUUUGAAAUCACCCUUGAAUUGGGUUGCAAGAAGUAUCCAUUGGAGAACGAAUUAGAGAACGAAUGGAACAGGAACCGUGAAGCUUUACUUGCCUAUUUAUGGAAGGCUCACAUCGGUAUAAAGGGAAUCGUUAGCGAUGAUACUGGAUUUUUAGAAAAUGCUAUAAUAUCUGUGGUCAAUCUGACUGGACACACGCCGAAACCUAUACGACAUGACGUCACUACAGGUGUAUAUGGUGAUUACUACCGCUUGCUGACUCCGGGUCGUUACGAGGUGACAGCAAGUCACCCGGGCCAUUAUCCCGCACAGCGCAUCGUCACAGUGCCACAAAGACAAUCCUCAGCACGUAUACUCAACUUUAAACUAGAGCCGAUACGUUACGAAGACGGUGCUCUGUUCUUCGAUCCGCCAUUCAUCCGCUACCAGCACGUGGUCGGUGACCAGCCUCGCAUCUACAAACGGUCACUCUUCGAAAAAGUCACCAACACUUUACUACAGGCUAGAGACACACCUAAACCAUAGACACGACGGCAAUCGAUUCUAGACCUUAUUGUAAUUUAAAUAAGUAUGAAAUUAUCAAUGUAAACUUGUUAGCUAAAUUUGAGAUGACGCUUCGACGAUGAAUCAGGAUAUAAAUUGUCGCUAAUAGUUAAAUUAUAAAAUGCAUUCGUCUACGUAAGUUGUCUGACAUUUUAGUCAAUAUUUUUUUUUCCAGAAAAAGUUAAUUAUUCGUCAAGGUUGAAUUUUAUUAUAAAAAGUGUAGUUUUCCUUAAUAUAUUCAAAUCGCGCAGAAAUUCGA